UCCUUUCGGAACGCGAUUCAGCCGAUCGAAAUUAUGCACUGGCAUACUAUUUGAAGGAGAAUAAAUGUUUCCCGGGAAAUGUGACACUUCGAGAUGAAUUGGAUUUCUAUUUCCAGUUAUGCUCACUGGAAACGACAUGUGAAAGUGCUGCUGUGAUGGCAGCAACAUUGGCUAAUGGCGGUAAGUUAUUGGGGAGAACUGUGUUCUGGUUUUAA